AUCAACAGCUCGGACAAGUGCACCAGCUGGGGCGACGGUGGCGGCGGCGGCGGCGGGACGUCAGUGGUGGCCAUGAAGCGAUCCUCGCCAUCACACUCGCCCCCUAGAGGAGGCCAGAAACCGACCACCACCACUUCUUCAACGGCGCCGCCGCCGCCGAAAGCUCCAGCGAGCAGUGCACUUAAACCGAAUGCCGGCGGCCCGAGUACCAGCGGUGCCAGUGGCAGCGGCAGCAGCAAACGUCUGCCCAAGGGCAUCAGAAAGGACACCGCCCAGAGCGGUGGUGGCGCUGGAGGCGGUGGACGAGUGGCGACUGACGUGGCCGUGUCGCAGCUCCCCGACGACAUGAUCGCGGAGCUCCGCGAGGCGUUUGCCCUGUUCGACAAGGAUGGCAACGGCGCGAUCAGCACAAAGGAGCUGGGUACCAUGAUGCGCGCCCUCGGCCAGAACCCUACCGAGGCUGAGCUCAAAGACAUGGUCGCCGAGGUGGACACUGACGGCAACGGCACCGUGGAGUUUCCCGAGUUUCUCGCCAUGAUGACCAAGAAGGCGCGCGCAGCGGACACGGAAGAAGAGAUCCGCGAGGCGUUCAAGGUCUUUGACAGAGACGGGAACGGCUUCAUCACAGCAGCCGAGUUGCGCCACGUUAUGACGACAUUGGGCGAGAAAUUGACGAACGAAGAAGUCGACGCAAUGAUACGGGAAGCUGACACGGAUGGAGACGGCCAAAUUAACUACGACGAGUUUGUUGCACUAAUGACAUCCACGUAAACGUUUAAAUAAAUGCAUUUAAUUUGUCCUGUC